AUGCCUGAGGCACUCACCUGGGUCCCUACUAUCUGUGCAAGCCGCAUCCCUGCACACGGCUGCAAGAGCUCAGAGGAAAACAUCUUUGAAGCCUCCCCCCGCCCCCCGGCCGGUCUAGGGCAGGCGCGAGGCCCCGCCCAACGGCCCCCGAACCGUUCUGGUCCCGCCCCCCGCCCGGUUCUCCCGCCCGGUUCCGACCCAAGGUCCCUAGUGGAGCCGGCGGGCGGGGGACCUCCGCCACCCCCGCGGAGGGCACUAGGACUUCGCCUGAGACCGGAGGUCGCGGCCGCGCCCCUCCCGCCGCCUCAGGCGCUGCCGGCCCCGGGCCGGAGCCGUCCACCACGUCCGCGGCCCAGGCGGGAGGCGGAGUGCGCGUGCCAGCGCGGCCGCCAUCUUCCCCGUAACGGCGCCUCAGGGUUUCUCAUCGCUUUCCGACGCGGACCACCAGCUCCAGCUGUGCCUGCUCAUGACCCCACCUGUCUCCUGGAGGGGAGUGUGGAGGAGGAAGCGAUGGCUCCCGGGUUGCUGAGGACCUGGUCACAGGACUCAGUUACCUUUGAGGAAGUGGCAGUGGACUUCUCUCAGGAGGAGUGGGCACUGUUGGCCCCUGCUCAGAAAAUCUUGUACAGAGAUGAGAUGCUGGAGAACCUCAGUCGGUAAGACCAGCCUCAUCUCUUUGGUAGGUUUUUGCUGCAAAUAUUUCUUAAGUACCUGUUAUAUUCCAGGAACUGUUCUUGGUCUUGGGAAGAGUGAUGAAGGAGAUGUGGUCCACCCUUUUAAGAAGUGAAAAUGUAGAGCAGCGGAGCGCACACUUUUCCUUAAAGGGCCAGAGAGGAAAUAUUUUUUUUUUCUUUGUGAGGAAGAUCAGCCCUGAGCUAACAUCCAUGGUAAUCCUUCUCUUUUUGCUGAGGAAGACUGGCCCUGAGCUAACAUCUAUUGCCAAUCCUCCUCCUUUUUUUUUUCCCCCCAAAGCCCCAGUAGAUAGUUGUAUGUCAUAGCUGCACAUUCUUCUAGUUGCUGUAUGUGGGACACGGCCCCAGCAUGGC